UCCAAACAGCCAAUAAGCGCGUGAUCUGAAGCGUCGUGCACGAGUCUGGUUCGCGACCGGAAGUGAUCUAAUUCCCGUUCCAAGAGGCCCGAAAGACUCGGGGAAUUUCUAUGGAAGAGAUGUCAGGAGACAGUGUGGUGAGCUCAGCUGUGCCGGCAGCUACAACACGGACAACCUCCUUCAAGGGGUCCAGUCCCAGUUCCAAAUAUGUGAAGCUGAAUGUCGGGGGAGCGCUGUACUACACCACCAUGCAGACCCUGACCAAGCAGGACACCAUGCUGAAGGCCAUGUUCAGUGGCCGUAUGGAAGUCCUUACUGAUAGUGAAGGCUGGAUUCUGAUUGACAGGUGCGGGAAGCACUUUGGGGCCAUUCUGAACUACCUGAGAGACGGAGUCGUCCCGUUACCUGAGAGCCGGAGGGAGACAGAGGAGUUACUGGCAGAGGCAAAGUAUUACCUGGUGCAAGGCCUGGUGGAUGAGUGUCAGGCGGCAUUACAGAACAAAGACGCGUAUGAACCAUUCUGUAAAGUUCCACUGGUGACAUCAUCUAAAGAGGAACAGAGGCUCAUUGCCACUGCAAAUAAGCCUACAGUCAAACUGCUGUACAACAGGAGCAACAAUAAAUAUUCAUAUACAAGCAACUCUGAUGACAACAUGUUGAAGAACAUUGAGCUGUUUGACAAGCUGUCUCUGAGGUUCAACGGCCGAGUGCUUUUCAUCAAGGAUGUGAUCGGUGAUGAGAUUUGUUGCUGGUCGUUUUACGGCCAGGGCAGGAAGAUUGCAGAGGUGUGCUGCACGUCAAUAGUCUACGCCACUGAGAAGAAGCAGACAAAGGUUGAGUUCCCAGAGGCUCGCAUCUACGAAGAGACCCUCAACAUCUUGCUCUACGAGUCUCAAGACGGCCGCGGACCUGACAAUGCACUGCUGGAGGCCACAGGGGGCGCUGCAGGCCGUUCCCAUCACAUCGACGAGGACGAAGAGAGGGAGCGCAUUGAAAGAGUGCGGAGGAUCCACAUCAAGCGCCCUGAUGACCGCACGCAUCAUCACCAGUGACCCCUGCAGUCUGUCCUCUUUUCAGUGCCUUAACAACUACCAGCGUUUCGGUUACACCCCUCUGUUUGCACACAGACACGUCAGUUAAGUUUAUCCCGAGUCUGUUUCCUUCGAGAGACAUAGGGAUACUCUCAGAAUCGCUUGUAUUGAUAUUGUUACAUGAAUGUAGCAUAUAGGGCAGCGCUGACCUCAUGUGCAUUUUUAAAGACCUCACUUAAAAAAUACAAUGAUGGUGUAAAUGUGAAUAGAAAUGCACAACAGAUGGUUAGUUUUACAGCAUUCAUGACAUUCCCUGAACAUUUGGCCAUAUUUGCUAUUCUUAAAGCAAAUUCCAAUGAAUAUAUGAAGUCGAUCAGCUGAACUGUCAUUUACUUGUAUGUUGGCAAGCAUAUUGAAAUUUUCCAAAUUAAGUUGUCUGCUGAAGUAUUUUUGUAUUUUACAUUAUUUAUCAUAUUUUUUUCUGUUUGAGUGAAGACUGUAGGGUUCCUGGUGCCUUAUAGAUUAAUCCUGUUCUUUUUUAUUUGUGUGUGUGUGUGUGCAUUGUGUGAUAGACGUUGGAUUUUUGUGGCUUUGUUUAUCCCUCUUUUCUUAUUUUCUUUGCUUUUUGUUAGAGCCAGGAUUUCACAGUGCUGAUAGUGUGUCUUACCGAGAUUCAGGAUAAUGAAUUGACAGAUUCUUAAUUUGUCAGUUUUUAUUUUAUUAUGCUUCCGCAAAAACAUUCAUGCACGCUGUCAUUUGAGGAUUGCAUGUGCUGGACUUUUUGACAGGUCUGUAUGAGUUUGGCCAAUAGAGGGCAGUGUAGUGUUAUGGUGUUUUCACUCAUGCACAAGAGGAGGAGGCACUUUUAAACAACAGUUGUCAAAUUUUCUAUCCCUUUUUAGCUACAAUCCAUAAAAUAGAUUAUGCUGUUACAUAACUUUCUGCUGCACUGUAUUAAAUUCCAUCAAGUUAAUUACGCUUCUGGGUUUUGUAAGUGAUCUCAUUCGAGCAAAGAAACUGAGAUGAAGUCAGAAGCGUUCGGAUGUAUAUCUGUAAUUGAGAAAUGGACACCGAGUAUGUGUGUGUAAUCAGAGACCAGACCACGUCAAAGAAGCUCCAGGACGAAGGAGAGUACAGGCUCUCCUCUGCUGCAGUUUGUGGUUAGGAGUUUUAUUAAAGGUGUAUUUAAACGAACUUUGAAAUCUGUAAUACUGUAGAUCAGUUUGUACAGAAAUGUGCACAU